CCGGCAGCGGCAGGAGUGAUGAAAUCAAGAUGGCCGCUCGACAACGCGAGCGCGGCGGAGAAGAGGGACCGUGAAGAAAGUGAAAAUAAUAACAAAAACGACAACGAAAAACGACAGAAACAGCGACUCGCUACCGAGACAGAGCAUCUGGAUUCCCGAAUACGGACCUCGGGAGAGCCUGAGAGAGAGAGAGAGAGAGAGAGAGAGAGGACCGUGGCGUUUAUUUAAUAAUAACAACAACAACAACAACACCACCACAGUAUACCCCCUCAUCAACCGGGCAGGGGGCUGAGACGUUUCUGAGAGGAGGGAGAGGUCUCCAAAAGAAGAAGAAGAAGAUUGAAUACAAAUUAAUACAAUCCAAAAAAAAAAACCUAGAGACGGCUUUGUUGUUUACGUCUUGAUGCGAGUGACAGAUACAGCCGGGCCGGGACGCUGUAGGGUCGAGUAGAGAAUAAAUAAAAGCAAGGGUACAAAUCGUGUAAGAAAACCUGCUGUAUCGUUUGUUUUUCAAACAAAAGACUUGCCUGCCUGUGGAAAUAUUAGUAUUAUUAUUGCAGGAUUUAUAAACACGCGGCACUGUGUCUUUGUUUUUUUAAAAUCACGUCCCGUUUUUAGAUUCAACAAGAACAGAAUUGAGAAGCUCAAAGGUAAACAAACCUCACAGACUGAACUGUCUUCAAAGACGUGAUCUUAAAAAAAAAAAAUCAUUUUCAAAGUAUUUCGACACGGGGGGUGGGGGAGUCCAAACAGAUGCCAGUUAUUUGUACUUCAGCAUGAUCUAGGAUUUUGAGUUCAAAAAUCAGAAAUCACGUCCCGAAGACGGAUUUGAACCGACGACAGUACAGUGAAGCAGGAGCUCGGUUUGAUCGGAGAUUUGUCACGAUGGAGUCGGACGAGUUCGUGCCGCCCCCGGAGUGUCCCGUCUUCGAACCGACCCGGGAGGAAUUCGCAGACCCGCUGGGGUACAUCGCCAAAAUCCGCCCCAUCGCAGAGAAAUCCGGGAUCUGCAAGAUCAGGCCACCGGCGGACUGGCAGCCCCCCUUCGCAGUGGAUGUGGAUAACUUCAGGUUCACUCCCCGAAUUCAGAGGCUCAAUGAGCUGGAGGCUGAGACGCGUGUGAAGCUGAACUAUCUGGACCGCAUCGCAAAGUUCUGGGAGAUCCAGGGGUCCUCUCUGAAGAUCCCCAAUAUUGAGAGACGCAUCCUGGACCUCUACAGCCUGGGCAAGAUAGUGAUGGAGGAGGGAGGCUACGAGACUGUCUGCAGGGAGCGGCGCUGGGUGCGAGUGGCUCAGAGAUUGGGGUACCCCCCCGGCAAGAACAUCGGCUCCCUGCUGCGCUCCCACUACGAGAGGAUCGUGUACCCCUUCGAGAUGUUCCAGUCGGGGGGCAACCUCACGCAGUUCAAGUCCCGGCAGCUGUAUGACAGUGAAGAGAAAGAUAAGGAGUACAAACCCCACAGCAUCCCCCUGCGGCAGUCUGUACCCCCCUCCAAAAUCAUCAACCUGGGGCGCAGGGCCAACCGGCUGCAGCCUGACCCCGAGCCCACAGAGGAGGACAUUGAGAAGAAUCCUGAGCUGAAGAAGCUGCAGAUCUACGGAGCCGGGCCCAAGAUGAUGGGUCUGGGACUGGUGCCCCGAGACAAGGCCCUGAGGAAGAAAGACGAGCUCCCCCAGACUCUGGUGGUGAAGGACAGUGUGGGGGUGAAGGAGGAGCCCCUCUCCCCUCCCCCGGGAACCGACGGGGACCUCAAGCCCGCGGGGGACUCCAUGCAGCCCGACGUGAAGCCAGAGAGCCCCAGCGAGGAGGAGCCCUGCACCAAGAUGACCAUGCGGCUGCGACGAAACCAGAGCAACACACAGAUCGUGGACUCCUUCGUGUGUCGCAUGUGCGCUCGCGGGGAUGAAGAUGACAAGCUGCUGCUGUGUGACGGCUGUGACGACAACUACCACACCUUCUGCCUCCUGCCCCCUCUCUCCGAGACCCCUAAGGGGGACUGGCGCUGCCCCAAGUGUGUGGCUGAGGAGUGCACCCGCCCUGCCGAGGCAUUUGGGUUUGAGCAGGCGACUCGGGAGUACACGCUGCAGAGCUUCGGGGAGAUGGCCGACGCCUUCAAGGCGGAUUACUUCAACAUGCCCGUCCACAUGGUCCCCACGGAGCUGGUGGAGAAGGAGUUCUGGCGGCUGGUCAGCAGUAUCGAGGAGGACGUCACGGUGGAGUACGGAGCCGACAUCCACUCCAAGGACUUCGGCAGUGGAUUCCCGAUGAAAAACGGGAAGAGGGAGCUGGCACCGGAGGAGGAGGAGUACGCCCGCAGCGGGUGGAACCUGAACGUCAUGCCCGUGCUGGACCAGUCUGUGCUGUGCCACAUCAACGCUGACAUCUCGGGCAUGAAGGUGCCCUGGCUCUACGUGGGCAUGGUCUUCUCAACCUUCUGCUGGCACAUCGAGGACCACUGGAGCUACUCCAUCAACUACCUGCACUGGGGGGAACCCAAGACCUGGUAUGGGGUCCCCUCGUCGUCCGCAGAGCGCCUGGAGGAGGUGAUGAAGAAGCUGACCCCCGAACUGUUUGAGAGCCAGCCAGACCUGCUGCACCAGCUCGUCACCAUCAUGAACCCCAACAUACUGAUGGGGUACGGGGUGCCGGUGGUGCGUACCAAUCAGUGUGCGGGGGAGUUUGUGAUCACCUUCCCCAGGGCUUACCACAGCGGCUUCAACCAAGGGUACAACUUUGCAGAGGCAGUGAACUUCGCUGCCGCAGACUGGCUCCCGGCAGGACGUCGCUGCAUUGAGCAUUAUCGGCGUCUGCGUCGGUACUGCGUGUUCUCUCACGAGGAGCUCACCUGCAAGAUGGCGGCCUGUCCGGAGAGACUGGACCUCAACCUGGCCGUCGCGGUGCACAAGGAGAUGUUCAUCAUGGUGCAGGAGGAGAGGAAGCUGAGGAAGGCGCUGCUAGACAAG